AUGGAUGAAACCUACGAUGUCAUCGUGCUGGGAACCGGUUUGAAGGAAUGUAUUCUCAGUGGCCUUCUUUCCGUCAACAAGUAUAAGGUGCUCCAUAUGGAUCGCAAUGACUACUAUGGUGGCGAGUGUGCAUCGUUGAACCUCAAACAGUUGUUUGAAAAGUUCAGGCCAGGAGUGACUCCUCCUACCUCGCUUGGUCCGAGCCGAGACUACAAUGUCGACAUGACACCCAAGUUCAUGAUGGCGAACGGUCUGCUGGUUCGUGUGCUCAUCCGUACCGACGUUACCAAGUAUCUGCAGUUUAAGGCUGUCGAUGGCAGCUAUGUCUUCAAGCAAGGCAGAGUGUAUAAGGUGCCUGCCACUGACGUGGAGGCUGUCUCCUCGCCGCUGCUGGGAUUCUUUGAGAAGGGCCGCGCCCGCAAGUUCUUCAUUUUCGUGCAGGAGUAUGAUCCAGCCAAGCCCAACACGCACCAGGGCAUGGACCUCACCACGGCCACCUCCAAGACCGUUCUAGAGAAGUUCGGGCUGGACCAGAACAGCAUCGAUUUCAUUGGCCAUGCGCUGGCCCUUUACGAAGACGAGUCCUUCCUGGCGAAACCGGGCACGGAACUUAUUGCGCGGUGCAAGCUCUAUGCCGAGUCGCUUGCCCGGUUUGGCGGUACCUCCCCAUACAUCUACCCUCUUUAUGGCCUCGGCGAGCUGCCUCAGGCGUUUGCUCGGCUCUCGGCCGUCUACGGAGGGACGUACAUGCUUGCCAAGCCAGGCUGCAAGGUGGAGUACGAUGAGAGUGGCAAGGCAUGCGGUGUGACAUCGGACGGGGAGACCGCCAAGACAGCUAAAGUUGUCUGCGACCCGUCUUACCUUCCCGAUAAGGUCAAGGUUGUGGGCAAGGUGGUCCGUGCCAUCGCCAUUAUGAGCCACCCGAUUCCCAACACCUACGACUCACACUCGGUGCAAAUCAUCAUUCCUCAGAAGCAGAUCAACCGCAAGGCUGACAUGUAUGUCUUCUGUUGUUCCUACUCCCACUGCGUGGCAGCCAAAGGCAAAUUCAUUGCCUUCGUCUCCACCUCUGCUGAGACUGACGACCCCAAGACAGAGUUGAAGCCUGGAGUGGACCUGCUGGGCGCUGUGGACGAGAUCUUCUACGACAGUUAUGAUGUUUAUGAGCCCACCAAUGACUGCACUGCCGACAACUGCUUCAUCUCCAAGAGCUAUGAUCCCACGACCCACUUUGAGACAACAGUCAAGGAUGUGCUGGCAAUGUAUGCCAAGAUCACUGGAAAGGAGCUUGACCUUAGCCACGAGGACCUGAAUGCUGCAUCGGCCACAGACGAGUAG